AUGAGCUUCUCGGAACAUCAGGACCGAGAGCUGACCUUACGAAUAUUUCUUGAUUAUCUCGAUGAAUUUCGAGUUUUUGUUAAUUCGAAAUGUUCCGGAUUAGAACCAUGGCAGGUUAUCUCCUAUGCAAUUUCUUUGGCAUUCUUUGUUUCGUGGAUCCGUCGAAUGUUCCGCUCAAAUGAUCCACCUUUGGAAUUGAUUAAAAAAUCGUUUUAUGCUGCCGUACGUUCGCUUCCAUGGGUUCGAAAACGCAUCGAAGAUGAUUUAGCUCGCGCGCGGGCCGAAAUUGAAGAGGAAGUUCAUCAAUUUGAUCAGCUAAGGGAGUUUUAUAAAUUUCUUCCGGAGAGGUGCAUGGAUAUUGAAGACAUUCUUGCGGAUGCAAGAAGAUAUGCAAUGAUGGGAGAGCGUCGAUAUAUGCAACAUUACGAUCCUCAGACGAAAAAAGAAGAUUUGGCAUUAUCCGCUAAGUUAUUUGAUUUAUUUUCCCACAGCGAUCCUCAUCGAUCUGAUGCAUUUCCAGGGGUUAGAAAAAUGGAAGCAGAAAUUCUGAAAAUGUGUUGUGCAAUGUUCCAUGGCGGAAAAGAAUCAUGCGGAGUUGUAGCUGGAGGAGGAACUGAGGCUCUAUUGCUUGCCUGUCUUGCAUAUCGAAAUCGAAGUCGUGCUCGCGGAGAAUACCGGGCAGAAAUUAUUGCACCUUCCACUGCUCAUCCGGCCCUAGAUAAAGCGGCGGAAUUCUUUGAUAUGACUAUCAAAAGAAUCCCAGUUUGUACGGAAGAUGAUCGUGCGAAUGUUGGGGCAAUGAAACGAGCAAUUGGGCCCAAAACGUGCAUGAUUAUUGCAAGUGCUCCGAAUCACAUUACUGGAACAGUGGAUCCGAUUGAAAAACUCGCCAAGCUUGCUCAGCGAUACCACAUUCCCCUUCACGUCGACUGCACUCUUGGUGGUUUUGUACUUCCAUUUAUGGAGUUCGCUGACUAUUCUGUACCUGCAUUUGACUUCCGCCUUCCUGGUGUCACGUCUAUUUCAGCUGACCUUCACAGGUAUGGACAAUCACCGGGUCGUUUGUCGGUGUUGAUGUAUCGAGAGCCGGUGUUCCUUCGAUACCAAUUUUUUGUGAACUCGAGCUGGACCGGCGGAAGCUAUGCGACCCCAACAAUGAACGGAGGACGAGAUGGAGGAGCUGUUGCAACUUCGUGGGCGACCAUGCUUAGAAAGGGUCGCGACGGUUAUGUCAAUGCCUGUCAGCGUAUCGUUGAGGGAACUCGUCUAUUAGCCGAUAAAUUGAGUAGACUAGACGGAAUUGGGCUCCGCGGUUCAGCUGAUUUGUGUGUUGUUGCAUUCGCUGCAAAGGAUGUCAAUAUUUAUAAUUUGGUUGACAAAAUGGUGCAAAAGGGGUGGCAUGUUGAUCCGCUCAGAUCUCCAGAAGCCGCAAGAGUUCCAAUUACCCUUUCAAUGUGUGAAGAUGGAGUUAUUGAUUCCUUCGUUGAAGACCUUCUCGAAGCUUUGCGGCAGUUGAGAUCCGGUGACUUGGGACGAGUUGGAAACACGGCUUCGUUCUACCGGAUGCUUGAAAAAGUAUCCGAUCGGAGCCUUGUCGAUGAGUUGGCUCUUAUUCGUCUCGCUGCUCAUUACAGUAUCCCACCAUCGGAAGAAAGACGCAGUCUGAGAACUUUAUCUGUGGAAGGUCGUAAAUUGAGCAUGAUGGGAAAUUCGGAACAAACGCGCAAGCUCGAAGAGCUCCGUCGUUCCUAUCAAAAAGAGAAAGAAGAGAAGAAGAAUAUCGCCGCGUCCAACAAUAUUGGCGAUAAUGUUUUGAGAAUGAGCAAUAUCGACGAGUUUGCCACUGAGCUCGUUGCCGUUUUGCUGCUCGUCGUCGCAACCAUUCUCAUUAUUGUGAUAUGUAUGAUAUAUGUUAUUAAAUCAAGAAAAACAUCUUCCGCGCCACCAAUACUUCCUGAAAGCACUGCACCGGAUUCGAUGUGCCAUAAUGAUGCAUUUGAAUCGAUCGAUGAGACAAGUGCUAGAAAAAUCGAAGAAAGACAAAGAGCACGAAUGAGCGCACUUCAACAUUCACCGCGAGCAGAUUUGACAUUGAGAAAUUUGAUUCUUGACACAAUGCCAAAACCGCUACCCAAAAGCGACAUCGAAAUCGUUGCGGCGAAACGCGAUUAUCUCUAG